AUGUCUGGCGAGAGCCGCGAAUUAACAGCGGUGUUGGUACCAACACAGAGGAACAGCGAACUUGCACUAUGUGAUUAUGGAGAGGGGAAGCGAGACACGGAGAGAAAAAAAGGGCAAAGAGUAGAUAAUGAGAAGGCUAGUAACGACAAACCAGUUGGACAAGCGAGCAACCAGGAUUUCCGGCAACAUGACCGAUCAACCACGAAACAACUCUGGGACAAAAGUACUUUCUUCAUGAAGAGCAAUUUGACCAAGGGGCUAGACAAUCUCGCAAGGAUUGGUCUAAAGCGAUUCGCCGCUUUAAUCCGUGCACUGCGAUGUCUGCGUUUCAUUCGAAAAUUAAACCGAAAAGCAACACACGUCAGUCCAAAAAAGUUCGAUUAA